GACUUGCCGAUCUGUACCUUCCCCUCGCUUUUCCGCUACACGAAACACGCAACUCAUUCGUUUUAAAAAACGCGUAACGAACCUACGACAUGCCGCAGGCAGUCACGAAAUCGCCGUCUUCUCCCCCCGUGAAUGAGGCGCACGAACCCAAGGCCCGCCCACGGGCCAAUGACCCACAUCCGAUACCUAGCAACAACCCCGCGAGUCAGUACACACUGCUGGAGAAGCUUGGGACAGGCAGUUUUGGAGUCGUAUAUAAGGCUAUCCACAACGAGACGAAGCAGAUUGUGGCCAUCAAACAGAUUGACCUGGAAGAUUCUGACGACGACAUCUCCGAGAUACAACAAGAGAUCGCCAGCCUCGCACAGUGUGAUUCGGAAUAUGUUACUCGUUACUAUGGCUCGUUCGUCGUUGCCUACAAGCUCUGGAUCAUCAUGGAAUACCUCGCCGGAGGCUCAUGUUUGGACCUUCUCAAAGCAGGCGUGUUCUCCGAAGCUCACAUUGCUGUUAUCUGUCGCGAGUUGCUGCUCGGCCUCGACUACUUGCAUAGCGAGGGAACAAUCCACCGCGACAUCAAGGCGGCUAACGUUCUUCUGUCGGCAUCGGGCAAGGUGAAGCUCGCAGACUUUGGAGUUGCCGCUCAGUUAACGUCGACGCUGCGGCACACAUUUGUUGGCACGCCAUUUUGGAUGGCACCGGAAGUCAUCCGCCAGGCCGGUUAUGAUGCCAAGGCGGAUAUCUGGAGCUUGGGUAUUACUGCCAUAGAAAUGGCUAAGGGUGAACCACCACUGGCGGAGUACCAUCCUAUGCGAGUUCUCUUCCUGAUUCCCAAGGCCAAACCACCAACACUCGAGGGUCCGUUCUCACUCGCUUUCAAAGACUUUGUGUCGCAAUGUCUGACCAAGGAUCCGAACCUGCGCCCUACUACCAAAGAGCUGCUUCAGCACCGGUUCAUACGCACUGCCCGGAAGACGUCUUAUCUUACCGAGCUGACAGAGCGCUACCAAGACUAUCGUUCGCGACAGCCAGGCAGGCCCCAGCAAAUGUACCAGCCCACGCUGCGCAAUAGCGGUAUGUGGGACACUAUGCGCAGCGACUGGAAUUUCGACACGAUUCGGUCAUCGUCCGCGAUGGGCUCUAUCAAGAACAUGACCAAACAUUUAUCUGUACACGAGACAAUUCCUGACGAAGAGUUCGAUGAUGGCUCUGGCUUUGAGCCUCAGGAGUCAAUCAAUACCGACGCUGCUACCCAGGCCACCUCCAGCCCCCUUCCCCAGAGCCCGGCCGUGAGCCAUUCUACCGUCGUCAUUCGACCAGUCUCGGGCUCAUAUGACACGAAGGACAUUCCCCCUCUUGUCACUGACAAUGGUUCUGACGAGACAGCCAACUCGGCCGAUCCCUCGACUCCGCCGCAGCUCUCUCCUGUCUCUCCUGACACCAGCGAGCCGCCCCCCGCCUACUCCGGUUCGGUGCGAUCGACGUCAUCUUCGCAACGACGCGCCUCGUACGCUGCUCGCAAUAACGUGACAACUGGGACGGUUCUUGGAGCGGCUGACCUUGGUAACGGCGUGGAUACGAUAAGGCCCGUGAAGAUGGUGGAUACUAUCCGGAGCUUGCGCCUGUCAGAGGAGUAUGUUGGUAGUGUGAAACGAGAGAGGAGUGAAAGCGGGAGUCAGUCUGGAAGCUCGCCGAGUUCGCCUGUCAACUCGAAGGGAAGCGCAAAGCGACUCGAGGAUGCGAGCGCUGGGCGGGCCAUGAUCGACGACGUGCUGUUGCCAACAUUAGAGAAGGCUACUCGAGAUGACAUGGACGCCCGUGAAAUCGAGUCUCUCAGCAUGAUCUCCAGAGGUUUCGAAGAGCUUAAAGAAAUUAACCCCGGGCUGGCCUACAACGUCAUCCUUGACAUUCUGUCCGGCAUCAAUGAGAGCCAGCAAGUCCGGCAACAUGUACAAACAUCUCGGGGACUCUUUCCGCACAAGCGGAUCAUUCGCAAGAGCCAAAUGACCUCGAAAGGGCUUGUCGUCACGGAGGAAGAAGAGACUUCUGGCUUGCCUACGACAUCAGACACGAAGUCACCGCCAGCUGCCACUGACGCGGACCAGGCGCCGCGCGCCAAGUCCCCGAUAGCAGAGCUGUUAUACAUGCGUUGGCUGGAUGGGCUCAAGCUCAAGUGGCCAAGCAUUCUUUCGUCUUCUUGAGGCCUCCGUUCGUAGUCAAAUUCUUGAUCCUGGCGCCGUUCUUUCUCGUCCUCCCGGCCUCGCUCAUACUCGUAUCUACUCGUCUAUCUUAUCUGCCUCCAUAUAUGCACAGUCUACUGACGCACUUCUCGUACAUAUUGGACUUUGUCGUCUUCCAGGGACCUGCCUCUUUAUUGUAACUCUUGCGGACUCGUUACCUCCUGCGUUCUUGUUCUCCCUUGCUCGGAUCACUCCCCCCGUCCGGUCACGUGUAUGUUUAUUAUAACGCACUGCUGCCCCCAUUCUUUCUCCAGCUGUACACGCACUGUUGUUUAACGUAUCGUUUAAUGAUUAUGACUUUGAUGACCACUAGACAUCACGACAACUACCAUGAGCGGCGUCGGCCUGCCUGAGUCUCCGAGCCAAAGAUAUCUUGACAUUAAGAGGCGCAUGGUUCACUUCACGAAGGUAGGAUAGCGAGGAAACAGAUAGACAUGUUUGCUGCCUCGUACUCAAUAGUUCAGCAGCGAUGAUAUAGCAAUAGGGUAACAUUACUGGUAGCAUUAAUGCAGCAUAUGCGGGCUGCAUUACAUUUUAGCCAACAGCCACAACAAACAACCAACACUCUGCGACACGCUCGUUGCAUGUCGUUCAUCUGCACGCCGUGGCAGAACUACCGCUUGGCGACCUUGCCUUGAGUCUUGCGCAGCAGCCGUUUCUUCUCUUUCUCCAGCUCCUUCCGCUGCUCCGCGGCACUCAGCUUCGACAGCCGCUCAUCCUCGGCCUUUUUCUUCGCAGCGGCCUUCUCCGCCUCCGCCUCCUCCCUCUUCUCCCGCGCGGCCUCCUCCUUGAGCUCCUUCUCGAGCUUCUCGCGCGUCGCACGGAGCUUCGUGCGCGUCUCGGGACGCAGGCUCGGCGCGAGGCCGACACCGCCGCCCUUGCCGCCCGCACCCCUGCCGAUGCCCCAGCCGCCCGCGCCGGCGACGACGUCCACGAGCUGGAACGCGGCCGCGACGAGGGGGACCGUCGCGCCUGCGUCCGCGGCGGACGGGAGCCGGAGCGUCAGGACGAGCCGCUUCUUGCGCUGUGUGGCCGGGAGCGGCGCGAGCGGACGCACGCGGGGCUGGUCGGUGAGGGACAGCGAGCGGAAGUAAGGCAGGAGUGCGGGGUCGGAGAGGACCUUGCUGAGCGAUAGCGGGCCGUGCUGCUUCAUCAGGCAGUCGGUGAUGUCGGCGAAUUCGGACAUGACGGACAGGGAAGGCGGGAGGCUUGGGUGUUCCGUGACACGAGCAAAGCUCAGAUCCCAGCGCCGGUCUUUGAUAUCCCUCAGCUCAUCCUUCGCAACAAUAGCCCACACACAAUCGGGAAUGCUAGAGUUCUCUUGGAAAGUAAAGUCCAGCUCGACCUCGUCCUCAGCACGAUACGUCACCUCGACGAGGCCCCGCAAGAUUUCGUACGCGAGUUUGAAGAAGUCAUGGUACGGACGGAGGGUGAGCGUGGUGUGCAGAGAUAUCAAGGCGCGUCUUCCAGUCGAAAAUGCGAAGAAGUCCGUGCAUCCGUCACUAGUGAGACCACCACGCUGGACGGGCUUCGUGAACUGCGUAGUCAAAAGCAAAAGAUGGGCAUCGAACCAUUUGUGUGCUCUGGAAUUGUUGUACCUCUUUCCAACAUAAUACCACGCCACGUAGGUGAGGAUCAUCGCGAGGAACAUCGACUCUCUCACAAAUAGACCCGGCCUGAAGACGAACAUCUUCCACCUGUACUCGACGCCUUCAUAGUCCUCGGGUACCACCAGAGGCGGCGGCGUCAGGAGCUGCAACACUUGCUUGAUUCCUUCGCUGGCCAUUGCAGCGAUGUCGGGGACGUGGAGGACAGCACGGAGGCGGGUAGACGCGG